AUGGCUUACCAUGGAUCAUGGGGACGUGGUCGUAGCAUUUAUGGCCAUAAUAGUGUUCGUUCGAAUGCUAAGAUAUCUACCAUCGGGAGAUCAAGAUCCAAAGCUUCUUCUCUAGACGGCCAAAUGACUCCUGAUCGUGGGCGGAGUAGUAGGGAUAACAAACCAAUUUAUCGCUCAAAACCUGUCGUCACAUCAGCUCUUCGAUGUCUAGUCGGCAAAUUCGAAGCUAUGGACGCUUUAAGUCUUCCCAUCCAAGACUUCACACUCCAACCCGCACCAUUGCACUCAGCACGAAACUCUCCUCGAAAAAGAAGCAGGACACGAGAUUCUUCACAGAAAAGAUUAUCCACCAUUUUAAGUCCGAAUAGAAGGGAUUUGUCUAGAGAUGGCGAUGUUUUCAUUGAGGAAUAUAUGAGGAAUAAUACAUGGGGAGGUACGCCUAGUAGUACUAAAUCAACACUUCUCCGAUCUCAGAAAAGGCAAUUCCAAUCGAGACAACUGAGAACUCCACAGCAGCCGGGAAAAACUGUAAAGACACCGUCGAAGAGUGAAAAUAGGAUGGUUUCCUCAAGAUCUACCCCAAAGAACAUGAGUGGUAAAAAAAACGAAACUCCAGCCUAUACACUCCCGAAAAAGUCUCCAAAUAAGAAAAUCGGAAACAUGAUUAAAGACCGAAUACGCUUCUUUGACGGAAGUCCAGACGAGAAACUUCCCUCGAGCCCCGCAAAAUCAAGUCCUUCAAAAAACGUUCCAUCUUUAUUUGCUCCAGCUCAUCGUGUCAAUCGUAAUAAUGGAUCUCCCUCAACUUCCUACACCACCGCUAUUGAAACACCAACCGUUAAAUCAGCAAUGAGAGGCUCGACAAACUUCUCUAGAACAUCUGAAGUGGCCAAAGAGAAAAGUACUACGAUCUCUUCAGCUCAAAAAGCGCAAUAUACGCCAGUAUCUCAUAGAAAACAACGCAAUGUUUUCGGAGAGGCAGUUCAGAAUCCUUUCUUGGCUUCUCAGGGGAGUUCGGAAAAGACAAGAUCUUCAAAUACGGUCUCGCCUCAUACCUCUCCGACGAGACCACAGGGAUUCAAGAGACUGAAGUCAGAAACUAAAGUAGAGAUUAAUUCACGCGGAAGUUCCCUAGCCCGCUACGAAACCAACGCCACUCCAACCCGCGGCCCCUCCCUUCCCAAAAUCACCCGCCCAAGAGGACGAACGAUCCCCGGCCGCAAAGAUCCCAAAACAGGUAUACAAAAAGAUUUUGAUACGCGACGAAGCCAAAUUAGCGAGAAAAUCGAAGCCAUCUAUCAAGCCAAAAACGAAGCCCGGAAAACCGAAGGUAAGGACACUAAAUCUGUUCUCCAGGAAAACCAUGCAGUGUCUUCCAUGCCGAAACAUGUCGAGAAAGAUGAUGUGAGACAACCCCAACGGAUAAAAGAUACGUCAUCUUUUCGAUCGAAAUCAAAAGUCGCGGAUAUGAGAAUGAGGUUUGAUGGCGGUGCAUCGUUUGCCGGAACUGUGUUACCCGGUUCUGCAUCAAGAGAUGCGGGACCAAGAAUUGUGUCUCCAGUCAAAGAAGGAGAGAAUCCUGCAAUUAUCCCUGUUCCUCCGCCGGCACCACCACCUCCUGUUUUUUCAUCACCUAUUCUCAGGAAAAGUAUCCCCAAUCCUGAUACUCCUCAAGAUCCUGCCCCUCUCCCCACCCAAAGACAAAAUCAAAUAAGUCCCAAAUCUUCUGAGCUUACUUCCUCGCCGAGGAAAAAUGUGCUUUCAGAAACGAUCAAGCAGAGAGUAUCCGUUUUACCCUUGGAAUCUACUGAGAAGAUAGCAAUACAGAGACGUCAGCAGACACCGGCGCCUAUGAAUGAAUCACCUGUAGUUCUAGAACCUGAGAAGAAUGCGCUUCAGACUUGGCCGCGCUCUGGUAUUAAAAAGCCGAAACAAGUAAGAAAUGGAUUGAUAGCGGAGAAAAUGAGGUUGUUUGAGGAUAUUUCGAGGACGGGGAACAAUGAUGAGAGUAUCGCUCUUAGUCCUGGGAAGGAACAAGAGGAUGGGGAGAGUGAGAAACAGAGACUUGCGAUUGAUAGUGGUAAAAUGAGAAUGAGAACAAAAACGUUGAUUGAGGGGAGGAAAGAGAAAUUCGAGAUUAGUCCACGGAGAGAUGGAGAUGAAGAUGGGGAAGUGAGGAAGGGGAGAAUCAAUCCGGUUUUUCCAAUGGCUAUUGUGGCGAAUGAUGAAUGGAAGGGAAAGGGGAAGGACAAGGGAAAAGAAAAGGAGGAGCCAGUAAAAGAUAAACAUGAGGAUGUUGGCAUCCAAAUUGUUGAAGUAUCUUCAUCACCUCCACCAACAAAGUCAAGAGAGAGGUUGGGGAGCAGAGGACCAAGAAUAGGAAGUAGAGGCCGUGUGGUUGGUCAAUGGAACGAUUUUUUCCCGGCGGGUGGUAGGGAUAGGGAUGGAGAUGCAUUAGCGCAUUUACCUCUCAAAAGAGGAUUGAGAGAUGCGAGAAUGCAUAUGGGUAGAGAUGGGAGUCGUAGUAUUGAUUGGGAUGAGGUGGAACGAGAACUUGGGGAGAAGGGAGGAUGGAGAGAUGAGGAUCUGGAUAGGUUGGUGGGAUGGGGGGAAAAGGAGAAAAGAAUUGAUGGUUUGAGAGGGGGAAAGGGGAUUAGUGUUAGUGUUAGGGUGAGGGGAAGGGAAGCUGGUGAGAAGAUGGGAAGAGGGGGAGAAGGAAGAGAUGAGAGUGAGAAAAGAGAUAUAAUGGUGGUUAAAGAAGCGGAAUGUGGAUUAUCGGAACCGAAACCGUUGAGGGCGGUGGAAAUGAAGAGAAUGGUGGAGAUUUGUAGGGAUAGGGAGAGAGUUGGAGAAAGGGAGAGGAGUAGAGGGAGGAAGUUGGAGAGGAGGAAAUGA